CUGAACGAGCAGCACGACUGGCUUAUUGACCAGCUCGGGUUCCGUAUUCAUCCCAUGAUCCCUGUGCCCAAUGCGGAAGAAGGAGCGCUGCGUAUCGCUGAUAUAGCCUGUGGCACCGGCGUUUGGCUUCUUGACCUAGCCAAGCAGUACCCUCAAGCACAACUUGAUGGCUUCGAUAUUGAUGCUGUUGGCUUUCCAGCCACGCGAGGGCAAGAAGAUCACCAUCGAGUCAAUUUCCACCUUGCUGACGCCCUCGCCGAGUCUGGCUUUGGGUCCAAGUUCGAAAGCAAGUUUGACAUAGUCCAGAUUCGGCUCGUGUACCUGGCGCUCAAGGGAUCCGAAAUGUGGGUACGCAUGGCUUCGAACGCUGCCGCCUUGCUGAAGCCUGGAGGGUACUUGCAGUGGAUCGAGGAGCAUGCGCAAGAUCUCAAAGUAGUGCAGCGCAAACCUGGGGUGAAGCGUGCGGCUAUCGAUCAAAUAUUUCAG